GUAGUAGGCGGAGUGGCCACAGAGUGACAGAAGCCUUGUUCUUCUCACACACUGUGUGCCGCCGCAGCUCUUCCGGGUCCAGUCACACGCAGCCCCGGGACAUGGUGGCUUCAGAGGUGCUGGCAGGGCUCCCUGUGCCCUGCGCCCGCUUCUUCUUCUAUGUGGGUGUGCUGGCGGCCUCCUGGUGGGGUUUGAGGGCGGCGUGGCGCCUUCUGAGUGCAGUCCAGGUCUGGGUUCUGGGGAGAGGAGCGCAGGUGGGCCCCGGCCUCGGGAAAUGGGCAGUUGUAACUGGAGCCACUGAUGGGAUUGGAAAGGCAUACGCAGAGGAGCUGGCCAGGCGUGGAAUGUCCAUCGUCCUUAUCAGUAGAUCACUGGAGAAACUCGAUGAGGUGGCCAAAAACAUCCGUGAAAAGUUCAACGUGGAAACCAAAGUAAUUGCAGCAGAUUUUGGGAAAACUACAGAGAUCUAUGAGCGCAUUGAGGCUGGACUGCGAGGUCUUGAAAUUGGAGUCCUUGUAAACAACGUGGGAGUUGCAUACGAGUAUCCAGAGUAUUUCCUUGACAUCCCAGACCUGGACAAUACUCUGGACAAGCUGAUAAAUAUCAACAUCACGUCCGUGUGUAAGAUGACACGCCUGGUGAUGCCCGGAAUGCUGGAGAGGUCUAAAGGCGUCAUUCUGAAUAUCUCUUCUGGAAGUGGCAUGUACCCUGUCCCCUUGCUGACUGUAUACUCUGCUACCAAGGCGUUUGUGGAUUUCUUCUCCCGGGGUCUCCAUGCAGAAUACAGGAAUAAGGGGAUCACGGUGCAGAGCGUUCUACCAUUCUACGUGGCAACAAAACUGAGCAAAAUCCGCAAGCCGACAUGGGACAAGCCCAGCCCGGAGAAUUACGUGAGAUCGGCCUUGAACACCGUGGGCUUACAGAGCAGAACCAAUGGCUACCCAGCCCACGCCCUUCUGGGUUGGGUCACCGGGUCUCUGCUUCCCUCCUGCCUCGUCGUGAAAAUAGCUAUGAAUAUGAACAAAGGACUACGGGCUCGAUUUCUGAAGAGGGCCAAGAAAGAAUAGAAGCUUGUUCUACCAAAAGAGUAUUAACUCCUGAUCGUUCCCUGCCUUCUAAUGAUCCUAUAGAAUGUAAAGGGCUUCCAGUGUAUUUAGGGAUGACUUGAAGACCCAUAAAUUUAGUCUCUGACCUCUCAAUAUUUGUUUUUUCUCCUUUUGCUUUGAUGUAUCUAAAUCCCCUUUUUUACAGGUAGAUUACCUUCAACUAAAACUAACUAUGCAUAUCAUUUAUAUUACUUUGUUUCUCUUCCAAUCCUAUUUAAGCUUGUGCUGAUUGGGGCUUAUAACAGAUUAAGAAUUGCUACUACUUUUACAAUAUGCGGCCACCUUUGUUUAAAAAAACACUCUUGGAUGAUCAUAUAGAUACAUGUGUGACCAACCCGAUGGCUUACCAUAAGUCUAUAACAUGACUGUGAUUCUUACUGAAUUUAAAGCAUUACUUCAUUU